UCCAAAUAGUUAACAAAACCACUUUAAAAAUUGUUUUCAUCAUUUCUUAAAUCAAAUUGCACCCACAAUUUAGUGUUCCUCUUAUUGGGUAGUCCUUUGCAUCAACAAUUUUUUUUUUUCAAAAAUGUAAAUAAUAAAAAAUAAUAAUUUUAAAAAAUCUACAUAGAUUUUGUUUAUAUUGACAGAAAUAAAAAUAAAAUAUUGUAGGAUUGUUGGACUCUUUGCCAUAAUUGAGCUAUGAAACAUCAACCUCAGCCUGGAGAAGUUGUACAAAUUUGCAGAGACAGGCUUAACCAACUUCAUCAUUAUCUGACAGCGUUCCACUGCCCAUCCACCAAUCUUUCAAUGCCCAGCAGCGUAUUUACUAUUUAACUUGACUAAUUUCAGAGGCGGUGUUUGGAUUAUUCAGAGCCAACCCCAUCAUUUCCUCCAUCUCUAUGCGCAACUCCAUACACUUCUCUUCCUGUAAGAUACGCCACUCUCAUCUUCAACUACUUUCACCUUAUCCCUUUUUUUCUCUCUUCGUCGCACCUCUGGUGUCGUUUCUAUAUUUCUCUUGAUAUUGAUUCUGUAUUGAUUUAUGGACCUACAGUUGGUGAAAAAGGGUCUUGAUUUUUCAAAGAAAAAGAAGAAAUUGCUUCUUCUAUUGGCAGCUUGUAGUUUUACUAGUUAUAGUAUAUACAGGGCUUAUCGUUUGCCUCUUGUAGCUCACAAGAGAAAGAGAGUUUUAAAGCUUUUAGGAGCUUUAUUUUCUGUGACAGAAGCAGUUUCCGAUUCUGCGGAGGCCAUUGGAAUUGUGUCCAGAGAGAUGAAAGAUUUCUUGCUGUCAGAGUCGGAUCAGAUCCCCAAUAGUUUAAAGCAAAUUUCCAAGAUCGUGAGCUCAAAAGAGUUAUCAGGGUCAGUAGUUAAUGUUACACAAGCUGUAACCGUGGGAACUUUGCGUGGAUAUAAGUUGCAUUCUAGAAGAGAUGAUGGUGCAAAUAAAAAUUCAAGUUUUAUGAAUCAAGUAAUGGAUAAGCUUUUUACUCCAGCUGGGUCUGGUUUUGCUUCAGCUAUUGUUGGAAGCUUUGCUAGAAACUUGGUUAUGGCCUUCUAUACAGAGGCUCAAUCUGUUCGAGCAUCGCUAUCAGAUUCACCUAAUUUAGUUCCGAAAUGGGUGGAUGAGGUUUGUAGCAAUGACAAGUUCACAGAGAUGAUUGGGGAUUGUGUUCAUUUGUUUGUGAGCACGGCGGUUUCUGUUUAUCUCGACAAGACUAUGAAUAUCAACACCUUUGAUGACUUCUUCACCGGAUUGACAAACCCGAAACAUGAAAAAGAAGUUAAAGGCAUGCUGUUAGCAGUCAGUAAUGGAGCAACUGAGACUCUUGUGAGAACAUCCCAUCAAGUUUUAACAAGUUCUGAUCCAAGUUCACAGCUUCCAUUGGCUAUUCAUAAGUCAUCGGGCAGAAAUGAGAUUGGUUUGAGCUCAAGAAAUUCUUUGGCUGAGGUUAAAAAUCACAGAUUGGUCGACAGAAUGUCUUCUACAUUAGCAGUGCCAGGCAAUAGAAGAUUUUUUCUUGAUUUGACAGGAAGGGUUUCCUUCGAAAUGGUGCGAUCUUUCCUUGAGAUUUUACUGGAGAAAAUACAUGAGGCUUUAAGAAGAUCUUCUGAUGUUGUUUGUGAAGCUGUUGUCAACAGCAGCGUUGAGGUUGCAAGAUAUGUUUCUGCAAAGUCUUCUGCAAUUGCUACCAUCUGUCUAUCUUCGUGCUUGCACAUAUUGGAUAGUGUUUGGAUUAUGGUGCCUGCUUAAGUUCAGUAUUACUUGGUGGUGUAAUUCCUUCUUGUUCUUAUUCUUUAUAGCAAGAAAGCAAAUUCUUUGUUCUAUGUAGUUCCUAUAUUGAAGUCAAUAAUGAGCAAGUAAACUUUUAGCAAACUGUAA